CAAACUGUCAUGUUCAUGUUGCAUUUGAGAGUUAAAUAAUUAUUACCAUUACUAUCCUUGAUAGAUUAAAAUAAUAAAAAUGUCAUUAUCAUUCAAUAUUACUAAAGUAAUAGGAUCUCUACCUGUUCUUCCAGGAUUUGGGAUUCAGCAAGUACGUACAAAAUAUGCAGAUUGGCGAAUGAUUAAAGAUGUUAGGAAACGUAAUACUUUAAAACAAUUUGCCGCAGAACGUUUACGUGUAAACAGCUUACGAAAAAAUGAUAUUUUGCCUGUUGAAUUACGAGAAAUAGCUGACUCUGAAAUUGCAGCUUUACCCAGAGAUUCUAGUAUAGUAGCACUGAAAAAACGUUGUGCUAUAACAUCAAGGCCAAGAGGUUGUGUUACACGUUGGCGUCUAAGUAGAAUUAUGUGGAGACAUUUGGCUGAUUACAAUAAAUUAUCAGGUGUUCAAAGAGCUAUGUGGUAGAUAAUGUAAAUAUAGAAUGUAAUGAACUGAAGAGAACAGUGUACUUUGUGA